AUGUCGAGCAGCAGCGAAAAGAUCGCAAUGGAAGGCGACGACCACAACACCCGCUACGUCCACGCCGACGGCGCCUCGGACGUGCCCCUCAACCGCCAGAUCUCGGUCAUGCUCACCCAGCAGCAGUUCGAGCAGCUCUACCUCCAGCCCCAGAUCAAAUCGUCGGCCCAGGCCCAGAACAUCAAGACCUUUGGCAACCCUACCAUCAUCGGAAUCAUCUCGUUCCUCCUGUCGUUCAGCCCCACGACGGUCUGCCUGAUGGGCUGGCACGGAACCACCUCCGCCUCGACGCUCGCCUUGAUGCCAGCCUACUACCUCCUCUCCGGCAUCGGUCUUGCUCUGGCAGGCGUCCUGGAAUGGUUCCUCGGCAACACCCUCCCCUCGGUCAUCUUCAGUGCGGCCAUCACUCAAGACGCGACGGUGUACGGUGGCGGCCUUGGGUUCUACCUUCUCUUCUGGGCCCUCUACUGCUUCAUUGGCACGGCGGCCGCUCUGCGCACAAACGUGACCUUUGUCUGGAUUCUCUUCUUCGUCGCCUGCACGUUUACCUUCCUCUCGGCCAGCUAUCUGUCAGCUGCCAAGGGUUUGGCGACCGCCGCCGCCAACCUCCAGACUGCCGGAGGUGCUGUGGGCUUUGUCGCCUGCGUUGGUGGAUGGUGGAUGCUCCUGCACCUUGCCCUUGCCGCGGGCGACAUGCCUUUCAACGUGCCUCUCGGUGAUCUUUCCACCUACUGGAAGAAGCGGGAGUAG